ACUAAUUGAUCCCAAAAAAAAAACAAACAAAGUAUGUCUUGAAUUGUUUGGACCAAUUGAAUGAUCUAGUCAUCCAUCAGGCGGUUGGCUGUCUGUGUGUGUGUGAGGUWGUGGUCACCCGAUAGACAUCGGCGGCGACGAUCAUGAAGUUUGCUGAACACUUGUCGGCCCACAUAACACCCGAAUGGCGCAAACAGUACAUCACUUACGAGAAUAUGAAGGAUAUGCUAUACUCGGCAGUGGAUCAGUUGGCGGCCUCGGAUGCCGUACACGAGCUAAACAACGAUAGUAUAGUUAGCGGCGGUAUCCGUGCCAUCCAUGGCAUCGUCCACAACAACGACGACGACGACGACAACAACGAUGACGAUGAGGACAACAAUAGCGACGAUUUGGCAGCCAAUGAAAGUCUUAAGCAAUUUGAAGAACAAUUUUUCCUGUACUGCGAGCACGAGUUGGCCAAAAUUAAUACAUUUUUUGCCGAAAAACUGGCCGAAGCUAUCCGAAGGUUUACCGAUUUGAAGAACGAACUGAAUUCCAGCCAAAAUCUUAGACAAAACGGCAAACAAAAGUACGACAAUCGCUUGUUCGGCGGUCUGUUUGAUCGUCAGAUUAUGACCACCAAUCAGAAGGACACCGGCGGCGCUGGUGGUGGCGGUGGAGGCGAUGAUCGCAAAGUUAGCCGCAAACUACACGACCUGAAGCUAGCGUUGUCCGAGUUUUACUUAUCGCUAGUACUGCUCCAGAACUAUCAGAACCUGAAUUUUACGGGAUUUCGGAAAAUAUUGAAAAAACACGACAAACUAUUGAAUACAAAUUCGGGUCUCGAAUGGCGYCAAAAUAAUGUCGAAUCKUCGCAGUUCUACACCAACAAUGAAGUAUCGAAAUUGAUUGUCGAAACCGAAAACCUGUUUACCAGUCAUCUGGAAUCGGGUGACCGACAGAAGGCAAUGAAACGCCUACGGGUUCCGCCGCUGAACGCCCACCAAUCGGUUUGGACGACAUUCCGGGUCGGCUUGUUUUUGGGCGCAUUUGUCGUACUAUUGACUAAUGUCAUACUUGCCUCAAUGCUCGUCCAACUCGAUCACGAAUGGCCAGUAGUUGUCCGCUUGUUUCGCGGGCCACUGAUGAUCAUAAUGUUCUUAUUCAUGAUCGGUAUCAACGUUUACGGCUGGCGUACGGCUGGCGUCAAUCAUGUACUCAUAUUUGAAUUGGAUCCACGCGAUCAUCUAUCGGAACAACAUUUUUUCGAAAUUGCCUCCAUAUUUGCCGUAAUGUGGUCGCUGGCCGUCUUGUCGUAUUUGUUUUCGCCGAAUAUACUAUCGAUUAGUCCGAAUCUCUUUCCCUUGUGUCUCGUAUUUUUGAUGGUCCUAUUCAUGAUUAAUCCGACCCGAACUUUGAGACAUAGCGCCCGCUUUUGGCUAUUAAAAGUAUUGAUUCGUGUAGUCCGAGCACCGUUUGUUAAGGUAGAGUUUGCCGACUUUUGGCUGGCGGAUCAGCUCAACUCGAUUGUACCGAUACUACAAGAUUUUGAAUUUCUUGUCUGCUAUUAUCUGAACUACUAUUCCCGAUCGCGCAAUGAAUUUGAAACGACAUCCGAUUGUUGUAUAUCGAGUACGACAUACGAUCUAUUGAUUCGCACAUUUGUGGCCUGUCUUCCCGCUUGGUUUCGUUUUGCCCAAUGUUUGCGCCGUUAUAAAGACGAUCGACGCGGUCUGUUCCCGCAUGUGGUUAACGCUGGAAAAUAUUCGACAACUUUUUUUGUGGUCAUAUUUUCGACGCUCACCCGAAUGACAAUCAGUUUGUUUUUUUUGUUUAAUUUUGUUUUUUUGUGGAUCAGUUUAAYGAUGAUCUCUCUCUCUCUCUCUCUCUCUCUCUCUGCAGAYGAUUACGAACACGCCUUCAGUAAUCCGUACUUUAACUUCUGGAUCAUMGCAUUGAUUGUCUCCUCUUGUUAUACAUACGUUUGGGACGUUAAGAUGGAUUGGGGUCUAUUUGAUCCCAAUUCACCAUCAAAAGAAUAUCCAUUUCUACGCGAAGAGAUUGUCUAUUCGUCGGCCAACUACUACUACUUUGCUAUCAUCGAGGAUCUGAUCCUACGUUUUGCUUGGACUAUAUCGGUAUCCCUACAGGAAAUCGGUAUCAUUCCCAGCGAACUGUUGACAUCCAUACUGACACCACUGGAACUGUUCCGACGUUUUAUUUGGAACUUCUUUCGCCUGGAGAACGAACACCUUAACAAUUGCGGCGAAUUUCGGGCGGUUCGGGACAUAUCGAUAGCACCGAUAGAGAAUACCCGCGAUAUGAAUGGCGGUAAUAAACCGUUUACGGGAAAUAACGAUCGGAAAACUAGUUCAGGUACUCAACUCAAGUAUCGCCGACCGAAAUCGGUUAACCGAUUGCUUAGGCGUAGCGAUUCAACUACCGGUAAUUAUUCUGGUCAACAACAGUACCUAAAAGUCAGAACAAAUAAUAAUAAUAAUAAUAAUAAUCAAAGUAUGGCUUCAUUAAGUACCAAUUCAUCAAACAGUUUGUCCAACAAUAGGGGCGGCAAUAAUGCUAUGGAUGUAAAUCUAUUGAUUGACGACAACAACACCUGUGAACUAAACCAGUUAUGACUAGCAAUGGAUACGGCAAUUGAUAAGCUAUCAAAUGUCUCAUAAUAUAUAACAACAAUUUUAAUUAAUUGAUUAAUUAAUUAAUUAAUAGUUUAAUUGAUUGACGACA